AGCUUUGUACACACCAGCGUGCGCAAUUUUUUACACAUGUAUCCCCUUGUAUGUACUGUAGCUGUAUACACUAUUAUAUUCAAGGCUAUGAAACAUGCGGAUUCGUCAAGGUAAUCCGCUGAUAGACCCUUCAUGGGGAUCCCAUGUCCGCUUCCUGCUCCUGUCACAAACGAGGGCAGCCUCGAGUUGUCAGGGAAUGUCGUCGCGAGUACGUGUCGAUGAGUACUACCGCCAGCAUUAUGUAUUGGCCGUCGAUGAAUGAAUGAAUCGUGAUUGCGUCCACAACGACGCGACUCUACUAACGAUUGCAAUUGCUUGGCUUUGUUUGUAAAGUCGACGUCCGUGCCGAACCAAUAGUCGUUGAUAAUUAUCUUCAAAGAAAUGUCUACUACUCCUUCAGCAUUCAACCUCUUCGGAAACAAGGAUACUUCGUCAGACAAGAAAGAUGCCAGCACAUUGCCUGCGACCAGCCUCUUCGGCCUGAAGCCUGCGACCGCGGCAGCUACUACCCCUGCAGCAUCAACACCACCAACCAAUUUGUUUGGUGCAAAGAACGCCACUGCCCCUGCAGCACCUGUGACCAACUUGUUUGGUGGUAAAUCCACAACCACAACCACCGCCACGACGACCGCACCGCAAGUGCAACCAACCCUUGGACUGUCAAAGGAAUGUGAAAAGCCAAAAGAUGCGUCCACUGUCACCACCACUUCAGUAGCAGUGCCUCCACCAUCGGCACUCAGGGGGAAAACCAUCGAGGAAAUAGUAAAUAAGUGGUCAUCUGAACUGGAGGUGCAUGUCCGGGAGUUCAACAAGUUCGCUGGUGAAGUGGCUGUGUGGGAUCGAGCCUUGAUGGAAAAUGGUAACAAUCUGGCUGCUCUGUUUACCCAUGUCCAGGCUGUGGAGCGGGAACAAAAUGACAUUGAUCAAGCUCUCGAUCACAUCGAGCAACAGCAGAAGGAUCUCUCCGCGACGCUGGAUGCGUACGAGCGAUCUGCGGAAGAACUUUUUGGAGAAAGCGGCACUUUGCGGGCGCUCGAUACUGGACCCGCUGACACCGAGCGGGAUAAAAAUUAUAUGCUGGCCACAGAGCUUCAUGCUCACCUGGACGAUUUGUCUGGAUCGUUGACACAGAUGAUUGAUUCGGUCAAUGCGCUAUCUUUAAUACCGAAUGGGUCACAAGGGACAGUUGGCAACGAUGAUCCCAUGACCCAGAUAUCUCAGAUCUUGAGCAGUCAUUUGGACAGCCUGCAAUGGAUCGAUGGGGCUGUGCGCGAAGUCGAGGGUAAGGUAAAUGAGGUGGAGAGGCACGUACGAGAAGCGGGUGGAGUAAAUACGGUAACGGGAAGCGCUGUGACAAAGACUAGGGGAUUUGGGAUAAACCGUUGAACUUUAGUGUCACUACUUACCUUCCACAGGGAUCCCAUGAUAUUAGUAUGUUCUUGCAAGCUACGAAAUGCAAAAUGACUACUGCAGCACUCACAUCACACCCCAUGCAUCACCGCUCUAUAGUGAUAAUGUGAUUUUUGUACCACUUUGCUAUUCCUACUUGGAGUGAGCGGCAACGUACGUAAAACACGUGGGAUUACACGUGAUUGU